UGGGGGUCCCCUCACCUAGGCCCUUCUUGAGGAGGACACCUGUUGGGACCCAGAGAAACUGCAAUGCAAGUUUCAAAUCUCCAGUGAGGCCGUCAAGGUGCUAAACCGAUGCUUGGCUGCGAUAAUGGACUGCAUGAGAGCGAACAAAUUGAAGCUCAAUCCAGACAAGACUGAGAUGCUGUUAGUGAAUGGAUCCCCUGACCAGAUGAUGGAUGUUCGACCUGUUCUGGAUGAGGUUACACUCCCCCUGAAGGAGCAGGUUCCGUCUCCGACAGCCUGCCAGCCAGCCAAUAAGGACACUCUGCAGCGUGAAAUUGAGGUGCUGAAACGCAAAGACCUUGCUCUGGAUCAGGAAAUAGCGCAGUUAUCAGCUGAGGGAUACAGCUUGGAAGAAUUAGAAGACCACAUUUCUCUGCUCCAUGAAUACAAUGAGAUAAAAGACAGUGGACAAAUGCUUUUAGGCAGGCUGGCGGUGAUCAGAGGAGUCACCACAAGGGAGCUGUAUCCUGAAUUCGACUUGGAUGUGAACGACUAGAAGAGAAGUGGGACACUGCAGCCUCUAGACUAUCGAAGUCCCAAAUGGUGAGAACACAAGUACUGCAAGUUUGGGAUUUUCCAGGAAGCACUUGAUGGAGCAAUGGUUUAACCCUUUUCUUAUAUAAUGGAUGGAGAAGCUGUUGAGCUCAAUUAUUUACUGCGUGUUGGGAAAAGGCUGUUCCCUGCAUUAACUAUUCAAGUUGUGACUCUCUUGCAGGAGUCUGCACUGGAUUCCCUGGCUCUCUGUUACAGUCUGGUGGUUCAUGGAAGCAGGCUCGGGUAUUUGAGUCCCAGUGCAGUAUCCAAUCUGUUUCUGUGUGCCAAGUGUGCACCUGAAUGGGCUAAACAGAAGCUUCUGCAGUUCAAAAGUUGAGUAAAGAGAGUAUGUUUGAGGGUGGUGCUCUCUGUUCGUACAUUUUAGCAAUCCCUUUCCUGUUGCUGCCUCUGUCACAGUAUGUUGAAAUUAGAGCUUUUUGCAGUAAUGGGGUGGGGGAGAUAGCAUGGGUUGUGUCCAGUGCUACUCCUAGUCAGAGUAGAUCCCUUGAAAAUAAUGGACAUGACUAACUUUGUUCCAUUAAUUUCAGUGGGUCUACUUAGUUGGGUGCAACCGCAUGUGCACAGAGGAAGUAGAUGCGACUGAGAAACUGAACUUGAACAUGUUACCAGUAAAUGGGGGGCUAGAGGAAGGAAGCUGACUAGGGAUUGUAGCCAAUGCUAAUCAUACUCAUAGCAGACCCAUUGAAAUUAAUGGGCAUGACUAACAGGCACAUUAAUUUCAGUGGGUCUACUCUGUUUAGAACUGAAGUUGGAUACAAUCCUAGAAGACCAACUUGUCUGUGAAAGCUUUAUAUAUCUAGUAUGUUGGUGAGUAGAUUGUUGUAACAAAGCUAGAUAUAGCCUCAGUUGUUUGGAAAUAAAUGUUAAAAGCACUGGUCUGUACUAAUUUGUGCCUUCCGCCAUUAUUGAGAUGAAGUCAGUAUGUAACAGUAUUCUGUUAAAAUGAUCACACUCUUGCAAGACUGAAACCUUUGCAUAUUGAUCUCUAGGGCAGUCUUCCCUAACCUAGUGGGCUCCAGAUGUUGCUAGAUUCCAAUUCCUGUAAGCCUCAGCCAGUGUGCCGAAUGGUUAGGGAUGAUGGGAGCUAUAGGCCAAGCCAUUUGAGGGAAGAAUAGCAGUGGGCUUGUAAACUGAAGGAGUUGCUCUUUCCUACAAGGGGGUAGAGUCCCAGUACAGUCCUUGUUGACAACUGUGGUUUUAAAUUGCACUGGUUGCCACUUCUAUCAAACAAUGCAAGCAAUUUAGGGCUUUCAGCACAAAUGUCCAGGAACAAAGAAUGCAUAGGGUAUAAUGAUUAGAUUGCAGAUUUCCAUUUUUAAUCCCAGGGGUUCUCAGGCUGAAUGGGAUUAUAGUAUUUUUUUCUAUUUUUCUACGUAACCAGAGUUACUCUUAAAAUGACUUCCACACGCCAGUUUUGGCACUUAUUUAUUAUUACUUGAAUUUUCACUGUGCUUCCUUCAAAUAUCCAACCCAUCAAUCGCUUCAAGCAGCAACUGCCCAGGCUGCAACCCGGAAGGAUAAAAAAAAAGUGACUAAGGAGAGAAAUGAUGCAGCGGAAACUUCCAGACGUACAAAAUCUCAGUUUGUACCAACUAAGUUUUAGAACCUGUAGCUUAGAACUGCUUGUCUGCUUUCACUUUGCCCUUGCAGUUUUUAUGGGCGCGGCAGCCUCCAAAGGUAGAGCCAUGGCAGUAACUUUGCUUUGCCAAUUCAGGCAUCACACCAAACCACAGUUAGCAGAAAUCAUGGUUUGGAAACCAAGCUAUGAUUUCUGAUCCUAGAUUGCAGGCUUAUUGCAAACCAUGGUUUUGUAAAUUCAGCCAUCAUUACCAAGGCAUUCCCUUAACUGUGAGUGAUGUCAGAAUUUUGUGACUUUUUCUUGCUCUCACUUAUGCACACACACACACAGAGCACAAAUCAAGCAUUCAGGCUUGCAUUUAAUAAUAAACGUAUAAUAAAAUGAGUUUCAGAAAUGUUAUCAUGGUGAUAGGAAUAAUAAAGCAUCGUAUCUCAGUGGGAAUUCACAGAUGGGUGUUUUGUUUUUUGAGAUGCAUCUAAGUAACAACCAGGCUGUUGCUUUAUGCCGCGAACUAACUGGCUCCACAUAUCCUCUUGCUGAAACAUUCAAGCUUCAACAGAAAACCUUGAACUGCACCUGAAGCUGGGCAUGUUUUGUCAGUCUUCCUUAAAGCAGUUUUAUCGAAUAGCACAUGACAGGGCAGCAAGCUUCAAGUGCAAAGCAGUUAAGGUGGAGAGUUCCAGGGCGCUUUCCUUGCCUGCACUUCACCACUUUCCAAGUGCUACAAGAUACUCACCAUUUUACCACUGAGCUUGCAGGCAAGGCAUCUUCCCUCUCCCUCACCUGCGUGCUGUCUACAACUGAGCCUGCUCUAGUCUCUUUCUCUCUCUCAUAAUCAGUGCUGGCUUCCUCAUGAACCAGGUUAUUUUGGAUCUCAGUUUCUACUUUAUGCCUGGACUUCAGGAUUGCAUUCCGGAUGUUCUGUAGGUUCCAUUGUGUUCUUAAGAGGACAUCGUCCACCGUGAAAACACCAUCUCGUAUCCGUCUCACUUGUGUGCAGACAGCAACUGACUUCAUCUCCAAACCAAUCUCGUGAACUAUCUUCCGGAGGUAUUGUUGAGUCUCAUGCAAA